AUGGGGGUCGGUGGGUGCUUAGCCCUGCCCUGGAGGUGCCUAGUCGUCCUCUGUCUCAGGCUGCUCUUCCUUGUGCCCGCAGGAGUGCCCGUGCGCAGCGGAGAUGCCACCUUCCCCAAAGCUAUGGACAACGUGACUGUGCGGCAAGGGGAGAGUGCCACGCUCAGGUGUACCGUGGAUGACAGGGUGACGCGGGUAGCGUGGUUGAACCGCAGCACUAUUCUGUAUGCCGGCAAUGACAAGUGGUCUAUAGACAACCGCGUGGUCAUCCUCUCCAACACCAAGACCCAGUACAGCAUCAAGAUACACAACGUAGAUGUCUACGAUGAGGGCCCCUACACCUGCUCCGUGCAGACAGACAAUCACCCCAAGACUUCGCGUGUCCAUCUCAUCGUGCAAGUUCCCCCCCAGAUUGUCAACAUCUCGUCGGACAUCACCGUGAACGAGGGCAGCAGCGUGACCCUUAUGUGCCUGGCCUUCGGGAGACCGGAGCCCACCGUCACGUGGCGGCAUCUCUCCGGGAAAGGGCAGGGCUUUGUGAGCGAGGACGAGUACCUGGAGAUCACAGGCAUCACGCGGGAGCAGUCCGGGGAGUACGAGUGCAGCGCCGUCAACGAUGUGGCCGUCCCAGACGUGCGGAAAGUCAAAGUCACCGUCAACUAUCCACCGUACAUCUCGAACGCCAAGAACACAGGUGCCUCGGUGGGCCAGAAGGGCAUCCUGCAGUGCGAGGCCUCGGCCGUCCCCGUCGCGGAGUUUCAGUGGUUCAAGGAGGACACCAGGUUAGCGAACGGGCUGGAGGGCGUGCGGAUCGAGAGCAAGGGCCGCCUGUCGACGCUGACCUUCUUCAACGUCUCAGAGAAGGACUAUGGCAACUACACGUGUGUGGCCACGAACAAGCUGGGCAACACCAAUGCCAGCAUCAUCCUGUAUGGGCCCGGAGCGGUGCAUGACGGCGGCAAUGCGGCAUCCCGGGCGGCCGCUGGCCUCUGCCUCUGGGCCACCCUUCUCGCUCGCCUCCUCCUCGACUUUUGAUAAGGGAGCGGAGG